AUGGCUGUUGAAAAUACUAGUCUGAUUACCGGAUGGAGGCAGGGUCUCAACUGGAAGAACUUCCUCACAUGCAGUUCUCUCGCAAUGGCGCUCCUGACCUGGGGCUAUUUUGCAGGGAUCAUCGCUACUACAACGACCAAAACUUCCUUUUUGACCUACAUGAAAUUGAUUGACGCGAAUGGAACAAGCACGCCAGGAUCGGCCGCAAAACUCGGCGCCAUGAACAGUAUUUUCCAAGGUGGUGGGAUCUUGGGCGUCAUUGUCUUCGGGCUCAUGGCAGACCAUAUUGGUCGCAAAUGGAGCAUUAUCAUAUGUGCCAUCCUUGCGGUGAUCUCGCAAGCUAUUCUAGCCGGCUCUGUCAGCAUAACCAUGUUCCUUACAGUUCGCUUCUUUGUCGGUAUGGCGGGAUACGGCUUUAUGCCGGUUCUGUCUGCAUAUAUCGCUGAACUUGCCCCGGCUGCCAUGCGUGGCAUCUACGUGGGUAUGUGCGGAGCUACCUGUGCGUUUGGUUUCGCCCUCUCAUCGUACAUGGGAGUGGCCUUUUGGUCGACAAAUGAUGCUGUCCAAUGGCGCGUUCCUCUAGGGCUCGGUGCCAUCAUUCCCCUAAUCUGUGGCAUCAUCUAUCUGUGGGUGCCCGAGUCUCCACGCUACAGGCUUAUGCAGGGCCGGCGAGACGAAGCUUUGGCCAUUGUUAUGAGCCAACACGGACAACAUGGCCACUCAGACUUUGCUCGAGCCGAAUUUUUUCAGAUGGAGAGACAAGCUCAGAUGGACAUGGAGCAGGACGCUUCUUGGAGUCUUUUCCUCUUCAAGCCUUCGGUCCGCAGGCGAUGCAUCAUUACCUGCGCAUUGGCAUUUUUCGCUCAGAGUACAGGGAAUCUAGUCGUUCAGAACUUUGGCCAACAAGUCCUCACCUCCCUCGGUUACGGUGUCUACUCCCAACUGUGUUUCCAGGCAGGCUGGAUCACCGUCUCGCCCAUCUUCAACGUUAUCGGCUCUAUUGCCGCCGACUAUUUUGGACGGCGUCCACUUCUCAUGAUCGGCCUCGGUCUCUGUAUGACAUGGCUUUCCAUUCAUACUGCUAUGGUUGCUUUAUACGCAGGAGACGGAACAAAUGCCGCCGGCUUGGCAACGGCCGUUGCUAUGUUCUUCCUAUUCAAUGCUUCCUAUGCUCUUGCCGGGGACGUGUGCGUCUUCAUCAUUGUGGGGGAAAUCUUCCCCAACCACCUUCGAGGACGCGGCGCGACUAUUGCCUUUGUGUCAACCACCUUGACCAACUUGGUCUACCUUCAAGCCGCACCCACAGGACUGAGAAAUGUCCGCUGGAAAUUCUUCUUGCUUUUUAUCGCCGUGACUUUCUGUGGCAUUCUUUACGUCUACUUUUUCGUGCCCGAAACCAAGGGUAUUGCUCUCGAGGAGCUGGCCGAGAUCUUUGGUGAAGACGUAGCCGUCCAUGCUAGAGAUAUUCAUGUCGACCACAGCCAAGUCCAACUCGACCAGCAAGCUGCCGAUGGGACCAUCACUACUGAGAUUGUCAUUAAAAGUGAGAAGGGCACGGUACACAAGGAGGAUGUGGCUGAAGCUUUUUGA